GGCCUGCAGCAAGGGCCAUGAAAAGUGUGCCUUGUUGAUCCUGGGGGAAACCCAAGACCUCGGCCUUAUCAAUGCAAGCAACAGCGCGCUGCAGAUGCCCCUGCACAUCGCAGCACGGAACGGGCUGGCCGCUGUGGUGCAGGCGCUGCUGAGCCGCGGCGCCACCGUGCUCGCUGUGGAUGAAGAAGGCCACACGCCGGCCCUGGCGUGCGCCCCCAACAAGGACGUUGCCGACUGCCUGGCUCUCAUCCUGUCCACCAUGAAGCCUUUCCCGCCCAAGGACGCGCUCGGCUCCUUCAGCUUCAGCCUCCUCAACAACUGCGCCAUCGCCGCCAAAUCCGCCCCGGGCGGCGCCUGCGCCUACUCGCCCGAGCGCCACCGCCACCACCACCACCACGGCGCGCUGGGCUACUCCGAGURAMCSCGGAGUAACCCUGGAGUAACCSUGGAGURRCCCCGGAGUAACCCUGGAGUAACCCUGGAGCAGCCAAAUCCGCCCCGGGCGGCGCCUGCGCCUACUCGCCCGAGCGCCACCGCCACCACCACCACCACGGAGCGCUGGGCUACUCCGACCAAAUCCGCCCCGGGCGGCGCCUGCGCCUACUCGCCCGAGCGCCACCGCCACCACCACCACCACGGAGCGCUGGGCUACUCCGAGUGA